GCAAAGGCUCCAACUUUAAUUUGGAAUAGUUUACAGAUAAGAAGUCUAGAGAGAGAGAGAGAUGUGUUUAAGUUGCAGAGAAGAAGAAGAGAAAGAAAGACUUCACCUUUCUUGCUUUUAAGUUCAUAUUCUGUAUGGAGAAAUUCAUCCAUAGCCACCAUGGAGCAAAAGAAACAGCAAUCCAUCUCUAUACUGGCUAGAAAUUAAUGGGUUUUUGAGAAGUGAUUCAAUAAGUUUGAAAAAAAGUUUUUAAGUUUUUUUUUUUUUUUUAUAGAGUAGUGGGUUGGAGGAGAAGGUGGAGUGGAAUCUUGUUAUAUCUUACUACCAACCCUUUAAAAAGUAAUUUUAUUAUGGAUGCUUAUGAAGCAACAAGGAUAGUUCUUUCUAGAGUUCAAAAUUUAGAUCCUGAAAAUGCUUCAAAAAUUAUGGGUCUUCUUUUAAUUCAAGAUAAUGGUGAAAAGGAAAUGAUUCGUUUAGCUUUUGGACCAGAAGCUCUUCUUCAUUCUGUAGUUCUAAAAACUAGAAAAGAGUUAGGAUUUUCAUCAUCGUCUCCUUCUACACCUUCCUCACCUUCCCCUUUUCUUUCCACCGGAGGUAACCCACUUUCCCGGCAGAAUUCAUCGUCGGCGACGGCAGCAUCUUCCCGUCUCAGCAUCUCCACCCGUCCUUGGUCUGACGAUUUGAUUACCCCCAACUUCAGUUCAUCUUCUUCUUCCAUGAAUUCAUCUGCCCAGCCGUUCUACGCCGGAACUUCUGCCUCCGCCACGGCGGAUCUGAUCGACGAACUUCAACUUCAAGAACAACUCUCCUUCCUAAACGACACAGCCGGAAACUGGGGACCUCAUCGCCGGAGUUUCUCAGUCAGCGAUAUUUGCCUUGGUUCAUCAGAUGAUCCAUCUGGGUUUGGUUGGAAACAAUGUUUGUAUUAUGCUAGAGGGUACUGUAAAAAUGGGAGUAACUGUAGAUUUCUCCACGGCGGCGUGGGAGAUAUAUCCGCCGCCGAAGUCACCGCCGCCGGCGGUGUUGGUGUUGGAGUUGGAGUUGGUUCGCCGCCGACGAAAUAUGAAAUGCUUGAACAGUGCCAAGAACUGCUUAGAUUCAAAUCGGCUUCUCAACUUAUGAAUACAACUUCUAGUUAUCCUCAUUCUCCUUCUUCCUUGGCUUCUAAGUGUGCAAAUUUCCUUCUCCAUCAGCAACAAAGUGAUAGUAGUCCAAGGGGAUUGAUGAGGAGUGAGUUAGCUGCUAUUAAUGGAGGUUUGGGAAUGAUGAGUCCUGGUUCUAGACAAAUCUAUUUGACUUUUCCAGCUGAUAGUACAUUUAGGGAAGAAGAUGUGUCUAAUUACUUCAGCAUAUAUGGACCUGUACAAGAUGUUAGGAUUCCUUAUCAGCAAAAACGAAUGUUUGGAUUUGUGACAUUCAUUUAUCCUGAAACUGUCAAGUUAAUUCUUGCUAAAGGAAACCCUCAUUUUGUUUGUGAUGCUCGUGUUCUUGUUAAGCCAUACAAGGAGAAGGGGAAGAUCCCUGACAAAUUCAGAAAGCAACAGAUGAUGGAGAGAGGUCUAGAUUAUUCAGUUUGUGGAAGUCCAACUGGAUUGGAUUCUCGUGACCCAUUUGAUAUUCAGAUUGGGCAAAGGAUGUUUUCAAAUAAUACACAAGAGUUAUUAUGGAGGAGGAAAAUGGAGGAACAAGCUGAUUUGCAGCAAGCUAUUGAGCUUCAUGGAAGAAGACUAAUGAGUUUACAACUUCUUGACGUCAAGAGACAAAACCACAAUCGUACUAUGUCCGCCGGUGUUAUUGGCGGCGGCGCCGCCGGCACCGGUCUUUCCUCUCCCACUCUACAUUCUCUUAACAACUUCUCUCUCAAUUCCGAUCAAUUCAUCUCAAAAGUGAGUGGUUUAACUGUUUCCAUGGCUGCCAAUGAUGACAAAUCACUAGAGAUAGAGCAGGAGAAUCUUCAGUCAUUAACAAUAAACAACUCUGAAGUGAAUAAUAAUUACUACAAAGGCAAAGAUAGUGAAUCGUCGCCGGAAAGCCUGGAGCAUAACCUACCUGAUAGUCCAUUUGCCUCACCUAAAGCUGCCGGAGACUUUUCCACUGAUUUUCCUGAAGAGAAUGCUCCGGUUAACAACCUCAUGAAUAUCCCUUCUUCCUUGAUUCCACCUUCUGCACAACUGGAUCUGGCUUCUUUCAAUUCUUGGCAUUUUCAAGUGCCAAGGUUGUCUUCUGCUAAUGGAGCCAUUGGAAUGUAAUACUUAAGCUAAACUUCUAGUUUUAGCUGUUAAAAGGAGUAUUAUUAUAAUUAUCUAUAUAGUACGUACCAAUAACCAAAAAUCAAGAUCUAUAGAGAGGUCACCCCCACAAAAGGUAGCCAAGCAGCAUCAUGAUCAUCAAUACUCUAUUUCAUCUACUAAGAUACAAAUUGCAAUAUACUACAUGAGAAAAGAAAGAAGAAAAAAAAAGAGUAAAAAAAAAGGUCAGCAUAGGAAGAAAGAAGGAAGUGGGACAGCCAAUCAGCCACUCUAUUAUGGAGUAUUUAGUAUUCUCUCUCCUCCUCUCUCUCUCUCUCUAUAAUAAAUAUAUAUAUAAAUAUGUGUGUGUCAGUGUGUCUGUUUGGUUCCCACAUUCACUAUCAAUAGGAAAGAGGACAGUCAAAAUAUUCGCAGUAACUUCCAUGGGAAACUGUAACUUUCUUUGUUUUAAUUACUCAGAUGGACUCAAAAUAUAAUAUAAUGUAUAGUAGAAGAACCCAAGAAGAUGAGAUGAAAAUGGAGGGUUUGGUGACAUUAGCUGUAAAAUCCCUAAAGAAAUGGUAACUUUUUUGCCAUAUUUUGUUGAUAUUUUCUAUGGUAAUUAAUAGACAGUUAUUAUGAAUGAAUGAAUGAAUGA